GUGUUCAUGAACAUGAACCAUGAGCUCUCAUUUGAACCUGCUCAAAACUCUCAUUACAAUUUGCAAUGUUUACAUAUGACGCAUACAUGGAGAGAAACAGCAUGGCGAUGGAAUAUUGUGGCAAUCCAUAAUUCUCGGAUUUACAGAACCGUGAUCAAGAGCAUCACGGUGUGAGUGACACUUUGAGGGAUAUUUAAUCACCACCAACAACGAUGUCGGUUUUCCAAGUUUGUUUGUUUACUCUCUUACAAAUGCUGUUUUUAACGAAGACAUACCUCUGUCUGGAAAGUGAAUUUUGUGAACCUGUGCGACUUGACCGUGAACAUUUCCCAAGUCACCUCAUCAAAAAGAGUGUCAAACUGAGCAAAGAACUUGUUGUUUACAGAAUAAGCGCGUUUAAUCAGGAAUUUUAUCUAAAUCUUCUGCCCGACUCCAGUUUUCUUGCUCCUGAUGGCACAUUUCAGUAUGACACCUCAUCUUUAGGAUCUGAUUUUAGACGGUGCUUUUACUCCGGUGAUGUUAACACAGACACGAAUUCUUACGCAGCCCUCAGUCUCUGUCGAGGUGUCCGAGGAGCGUUUUCGUACAACGGGAUGGAAUACCACCUCGAACGCAGGUCGAGCAAUACAACACUAGGACUAACUUCAGAUGAUGCUGAAAAAACGCACAUCAUCCGCAGAAGAAGACAUAUUAACAGUCCAUUCACUGCAAACUCAACAUCUAGGUGCGGAGUUACAUCUGACUCAAACCAUGGCGUUGUGGGGUCAUUAGAAAAGUACCAACAUUUAAAGGGGCACACAGAAACUUUGAUGAAAAGCAUGAGCAGAUCAAAAAGAUUCGCCUCUUUGCCAAGAUACGUCGAGGUCCUGGUUGUUGCAGAUGAGUCCAUGGCAAAAUUCCACGGUGACGACCUCAAGCAUUAUCUUUUGACCCUUAUGUCUGUCACUGCAAAGCUGUACAAACACCCCAGUAUCUUGAAUUCCAUCAGUAUAGUGGUUGUGAAGCUUAUGGUGAUUAAUGAGGCUGAGAAAGGACCUACAGUAUCCAGUAACGCGGCGCUAACCCUGCGCAAUUUCUGCACCUGGCAGAAGAAGCUCAAUAAGAACAACGACAAACAUCCAGAAUACUGGGACACGGCUAUUUUGUUUACAAAACAGGACCUGUGUGGGGCUACUACGUGUGACACUCUUGGUAUGGCUGAUGUAGGCACCAUGUGUGAUCCUAAAAGGAGCUGCUCAGUAAUUGAAGAUGAUGGCCUCCCAUCAGCCUUCACAGCUGCACACGAACUAGGGCAUGUCUUCAGUAUGCCACAUGACAAUGUGAAGGCUUGUGAAGAGGUAUUUGGAAAGUUGAAGGACAACCAUAUGAUGUCCCCUACACUGAUCCAGAUUGACCACCACAGUCCCUGGUCCAUCUGCAGUGCUGCCAUCAUCACAGACUUCCUAGAUUCUGGACAUGGUGACUGUCUGCUAGAUCAGCCCCAAAAGCUUUUGGCUCUACCAGAGGACCCUCCAGGUGUCAGCUACUCGCUCAGCCGUCAAUGCGAGCUGGCCUUCGGUGCAGGAUCUAAGCCCUGUCCUUACAUGCAGCCCUGCUCCAAACUGUGGUGCACCGGGAAAGCUAAACAACAGCUGGUGUGCCAGACUCGCCACUUUCCUUGGGCCGAUGGUACUAACUGUGGCAACAACAAGCUGUGCUACCGGGGGAUUUGUACUGAUAAGCAAAAUGCCACCUCAGUCAAGGUAGAUGGUCGUUGGGGUCGGUGGGGUCCAUAUGGUCCGUGUUCCCGUACAUGUGGGGGAGGGGUACAGCUGGCUAAAAGAGACUGUAACAACCCUGUCUCUGCAAAUGGGGGCAAGUACUGCCAAGGAUUGCGAGUGAAACAUCGCUCCUGCAACUUGGAGCUUUGUAAAGAGUCAGGAAAGAGCUUUAGAGAGGAGCAGUGUGAGGCAUUCAAUGGCUUUAAUCUCAACACUAACAGACUUAGCCCCUCUGUGGUAUGGGUCCCUAAAUACUCUGGAGUCUCGGUCAAGGACAGAUGCAAGCUUAUCUGCCGAGCCAACGGAACUGGAUACUUUUAUGUCCUUGCACAAAAGGUGGUUGACGGAACACCUUGUUCCCCCGAUACCUCAGCGGUUUGUGUUCAAGGAAAGUGCAUCAAGGCUGGCUGUGAUGGCAAGCUGAGCUCCGACAUGAAGUUUGACAAGUGUGGUGUAUGUGGCGGAGACAACAAAAACUGCAAAAAAGUCUCUGGAAUGUUCACAAAACCCAUACAUGGGUAUAACUUUGUGGUGACUCUACCUGUUGGGGCCGCAAAUGUGGACAUCAGGCAGCGUGGUUACCGUGGUUUGGUCAAUGACGACAACUAUUUAGCAGUAAAGAAUGUCUAUGGCAAGUAUCUCCUGAAUGGAAAUUUUGUGGUGUCAGCCGUAGAAAAAGACAUUAUUAUAAAGGGAAGUCUACUGCGAUACAGUGGAACCGGCACAUCAGUGGAGAUUCUACAAGCCUCCAGACCUCUUAAAGAGCCCCUAACAGUGGAAUUGUUGUCGGUGGGUAAAAUGACACCUCCUCGUGUGCGGUACUCCUUCUACCUGACUGUGGGGAAUAAGGAGGACAAGAUCUUAAAGAAGGAACACAGGAGCCAUGUGCAGAACAGUGUGUUGGAGAACAGCAAUAAAGUGGAACUGAAGAAGCCAGCCUAUCAGACGCCUUCUUAUAAAUGGGUAGUAGCGGAUUGGGAUAAGUGCUCUGUUACCUGUGGCAAUGGGGUCCAGAGCAGACGAAUUCAGUGUGUGUACUCAGAUGGGCAAACAGCCACACACUGUGAUAGCACCCAAAAACCCAGUUCCAUGCGUGUGUGUGGUGAACCCUGCCCUAUAUGGCACAUCGGUGAAUGGUCCACAUGUUCUAAAACCUGUGGGAAAGGCUUUAAGAGACGUCCACUGCGCUGCAUAACUCAGACAGGGUUGCUUUUACCCAGAGACCACUGCUCGAGCAAAAGAAAGCCACAAGAACUGGACUUUUGCACUGUUAAGCCCUGCUAGUGACCAUUUCAGUCUGUUGGAGAAAAAAUAGUGAUCUCUUCAGCCUAAUCUCAUGAAAAUUACAUGACCAUGGUGACAUUUUUGCAAAAUGACAUUACGUGGUUUAUUACAUGUAUCACUGCAGUUCCAAGGUGAAAUGUCCACUAUGUGGCGCUAAAAGCGAGUAAAAUGUUCUCACAAACAGAUGAGGUUUUGAAGGUUGAUACUUUAAAUCAACAAAUUCUACCCUAUGCUAAACCUUAACCUUGUGCUACCCCGCAUAGACAUGCUUGGAGAUUGUGUUUUGGCUUUGCUAUAUGCAACGCAUAAUUUAAUUUAAUUUAAAAUGACUGAUCUCAGUUCAAGAGACUCUGGAUUGUCCGUAAAGGGUUAAACCUUCGACUUGCGGAAUCAUGUGACAAAACAAAAUGGCGCCGAUCACAACGGAGUUUGUCUUUGGGAGAAAUGCCAACAAAACUGGUAAGAAACCUAAUUAAGUUUGUACAAUUAAACCUGUUUGAGUGAAAAGAUUAGAGUCUCUAGUUUCAUCCGAUGUGCUAUUUUUAAGAUUUGGGCGAUUUAUCUGUGAAAUGCCACACUGCUGAACACAAUGUAAACUAAUGUGUACAACAGCACAAGGCGUUUUCACAUUGAGAAAAAAAGAUAUGCUUUCAGAGGAUUUAUAUUGUGUUAGGAUGAAAAUAUGGUGCAUUUCAAACUGUUCUGAGACCAGUGCAGACAGACAGCAUACGGGAGGUUAAGUCGUUCACUAAAUAGGGAGCAAGGGAGCAUCCUAUAUCUUUCCUAUGAAGCCAAGUGCAUUUAAUCCAAACUCCCUAUCAAAAGUUCAGUUUCAGGCUGCAGAUGAUGUUUGGACCACUCAACCUGGUUUGCAGACAUGGGACAAUGGUAAUCAGUAUAGAUUCAGAAUUUAUAAUGUAUAAUUUUAUUUAUUUUAACAUGGUUGGCAGUGAUUGGAUGAUGCUGGCCAUUACUUGUAUCAAAAUCAACUAUGCUAAUUUCUGAUUGGUGAAAUGCUCCAGCACUGGCUAUCACUUGUUUGUUUGACAGUGUAAAGAGAGAACAUUGAGAUUUUGUUGCCAAAGUAGAAAAAAACAUUGUAACAUAAAAGUCAUAUCAAGUCAAAUCAUUUUUAUUUGUAUAGUUUUUUUAUUUGUGCUUUUCCUAAUACACAUUUCCAAUGCAGCUUUACAGAAAAUCAGCUGUAAAAACAUGAAUAACUAACACUCUGGAAACACGCAGUUUACAACUAUUUGAUAAAAAAAUCUAAAUUUCUAUAGCUUGGUAUAAUUAAAACAUUACACAACUUAGUUCCGCUGUCCACAUAUGUGUACAUACAUUUUUGGUAAACUAAUUGCUCUAGAAUUAUUCUUUUUUUGCAUGUUUAUUAGGUGCUACUAGACACAAAUCAAAAAGGGAAAUGGAAAAUGCACACAGCAGUCACGCUCAGGUUUCAGGAGGUUAAACCUAAACCUCACCAAUAGUGUCAAAAAAAGCAAAUGUGAGAUGAAAAACACAAUUUCUUAAGUGGCUUCUACGACACUUCCAUCUCUUUAGGACUCGUAGCCUAUUCCUUUGCAUUGCACGUAUAACACUUUAUCAAUUGAGCUACUGAGCAACUUGAUUGAAUUCGAAUAAGCAUUAAAAUGUAUCGCGUAAGAAGUCAUGCGCUAUAGUAAAAGUGUUUUGAUGUCAUAAAAUAGCAUUGUGUGAGGAACAGGGCAAAAAGUAAGUGUUUAUGAAUUGAUAAUCUGUUUUACUAGUGAUCUGUGUGAAAGUGAAAAGAAGUUGUCGUUGUUGUAGUGCCUCUAGUGUUCAUUUCACCAGGAAACUGCCUCAAUACAUUCAAGAGCCACAUAAAAAUUAUUUUGCAAAAUAUAGGUAUAGUAACAUGACUCUAUGACACCAGGUUGGAUCUCUUUUUAUGUGUGUCAGUGUGUCAGUAUUUGUGUGUGUGUGUGUGUGUGUUUGUGUGUGUGUGUGUGCACAUGUGUCUGUUAUCUGGUCAGGGCUGCAGUUAGGAAUUCUUGGGCCUGGUACAAAAUGUUUUCACCAGGCCCACCUCCAGUCCGUUGUCCGAUAACUGUCCGUUGGGGUGCGGAAAGUUAUCCCAUCAACGUGCGCUACCCAGACGGCUUUUGCAGUUAAGUGCUGUCUCGGUGUUUAUAUCCACGUCUCCCCAGGGCUUGACAUUUACUAUUUGGCUCAACGGCCACUAUCCUCUCAGCAUUUUCACUAGCCAAAAUCUCCCUUUCCACAAAAAGUGAUAAAAACAACUGGAGACUGUAACUGUAUGCAUUUGUUUGGACAUUUUAUUUGAACAAGAAUAAUAUAAAGUUCAGCACAGUCACAGAUUUAAGUCAUCUUUAGAAUAUCUAAAGGCAAACAUGGCCAGGUAGAACAAGAGUAGGUUAGAACAAGCGGAAAACUUUGUCAGUAAUUUGUCCAUUUGUCCAUAGAAGUUUUGAUUUUAACCCCUUUAAAUGUUCUAACUUGUACAUGCCUUCAUGAAAGUUUACCAAUGUUCUUCCAUUUUCUAACAGUGGCAUUUGUAAUGAUAAAGGCCAUAAGCACAGGACAGAGCAUGGAGGGCUCCGCAAUACUGUCGUUAGGUUAACUUAGAUUGUCUUACUAAAAAAAUUAACUAUAAAUAAACUAUAGGCUAGUAUUUUAUAUGAAAAACUAAUUGCCUAAACAUGUUUAGAAAUCUUUAACUACAACUUUCACAGUUAAUAAUUCCAUGGAGUACAAAAGGUGAUAUUGGGUAGAUUAAACUCAGUCACCAUUCAAUUUCAUUGCAUCGUUUUCCACAAAUGGAAAAUACGUGAAUCUUUUUUCAUUCAUGGAAGAAAGAAAGUCCUAUGUAUUUGGAUCAAAAUAAAGGUAAGUGAAUGAAGUGAAUGAAGUCUUAUAGACUCACCCUAAUCAUUUUAAUAUGCAUCUAUACCAGAUACCAGUUAGUGUUACUGCAGUUAAAACGUUUUAGUUUGGAUGUUGAUGUGUAUUUUAAAAACCUGGUAAUCGAUGUAGAUGCAUUUCACACAGUUGUGUCUUUACCUCGUCUGUGCUGUUAAUGUCAGGGCUGUCUAGCAAUUUGAGAAGUUCAAAUUCAUCCAUUUAGAGCUUUAUACUAGAACGUUCUCUUCGAAUUCAAAUGGGUCACAUAAGCCGUGAUAUUGUGUAAAACCCGACUGAAUCACGCAAGUUUUGCUCUGCGCUGUCCCAGAGAUCUGGCUGUAUCUCUGGAGCACGCUGAUGUGCACUGCGGCAGUCCGUGCGAAACCACGCUUCAUUCGCCCCGUACAGAUGCGCGUGUCAGGUGUGAGAAGCAUAUUCACUGCUUAUAAAGCACUGAACACGAGAUGAAUACAAUUAGUGGCUAGGUAGAGCAACGGAGUUUCUACCCGCAUUUGGCAUGUGUGUGGGUGUAUUAAUGUCAAGCCCUGCAUCUCCUGCUGAACGUGUUUAGAUGUGCUCUACAAUAUGGAAUAGCCCUUCUGUGGACCCCACUCCAGUCCGGGCCCCCUUCAAGCCCAUGCCUGGGACAAAAGGUCCAGUUGUCCCCCCUUAUCGGCGGCCCUGCAUCUGGUGACUGACCUUUCCAAUAGAUGUAAUAUCGAAGAAAAAAAAACAUGAUAACCGAUAAGUUUGGAAAGGAGCGAACGGUUUCAUUGUAUGUUAUGUUGGAAGGUACAGUUCUAUAUCGCCUACCUCGAAAAGGACAAUGUGUUUUAGAGCAGCCAAAUAACACAGACCACGUUAAGUUGGAAAAUGUUACACAUGUUUUUGUAAAAGUGCCAUUUUAAAAAAAAAAACAGCAUCUCUGAAUGUGGUUUGUAGAUGAAGUGAAGAUAUCGGAAAAAAUUGUGGCAAAAGUGUGUUGUUGCAUUCAGAUUUUGUUUAAAUAUACAUGUGAACAAUUUGAUCUAAAUGUGAAGCAUAUUAUAUGCGUAAAUAGGGCAACUCAGUCCAUGCACUAUUAUUAAUUUGUAUUCAUAUAUAUAGCUGAGCUAGCCAAUAGAUAAAUAGAUUUGUUAAGUGUUUUAAAUCAUUGAAGGUUCAACUAGCAGAAUUUAGAAUCAUACACAAAAAAGACAAAAAAUGGUCUUUUGGGGCAAAAAAUAAUGAGUAAUUUACCUUGUAUUUUGGGGCGGAAGAGGACAAAUCCUAAACAAAUAUUUACAUUAAUAAGAAUUAAAAUGUAAAUGUAUAAAACUAAAGUAUUAAGCUCGAUGACACUAUAAUGGUACUGUACACAAAGGGACAAAAAUUGUUAAUAUACAACUUUAUUAAUUCAGCUAUCUAUGUAUGUAAGUGUUUCAUAAGAAUGUCCUUGGUUGUCUUGAUUUUCUUGCAAAAUGUAUCUCUGUUAAAGACACUGAUGUUGAUACAGCCUUUGUACUGCAAAUGAUUGUACAUAAAGGCUUUAUAAAUUUUACUAAAAGCAGCCUGUCAUUACAGAAAAGUGAUUUCUUUGCCACAUCUAAAAGAGUUUGAUAUAUUUUUUCUCUUCAUUUGAUGAAAAAAAAACCAAAAAAAAAAAACAAUUGUAGUCUGAUGUAUACAUUUGAUCUUUAAUAUUUCCCUCAAUAACAUGAAAAAGUAUAUUGUCUUUUCUGUCUGCUAUGUCCACUAUGACUUGAUAGCUGUAAAAAUAACUAUCUAUAGACAAUUAACAAUGUUUUAUUGUGUGUGUAUUAGAUCUGUUCUCUGCUGGAUAUAUGAAGAUGUAUUGUAACUUGUGCAAAUGACCAAUGUAAAUCAGAUCUGUUGUUGCGGUUUACUCUUAUUCAUCUAAAAGGUGCUUCCUUAAUUCAUUUUUGAUGUUAAUACACCGAAAGGCUUUUAUGUUUAUUGGAAUCCAUUGUAUACUAUGUAUACAUUCAUCAACUGUGCACAAAUAAAUACAGAAAUGACACAAAAUGUUU